AUGUAAAAAUGUAGAAUGGUGAAAAAUUUCUAGUGGUAGCAAGCUCAAAUAUAAAACCAAUUAGUUUAAUUAUCUACCGAAUCAGUUUUAUCAACACAACUAAAGUUUCAAUAGUACAAACGAGUUGGUGGAACAUGUUAUGGCUUCUCUAAGGCUUCUUCUAUUGUUAAUACUAACAAUAGAAACUUUUCAUGUGCAAGUGGCUAUAAGCCUGAUUAGACUAUAUCAUUGGAAAACGGAUUAUUGAUGCUAAGUUAUAAUGAUCGUCAGAAUUCCUAUUCAACUGACAGCUUUUUAUUUGAUGUCUCUUACCCAAGUGGUCUGAGUACUUAUCUCCAGCUUUAAGUUUAACUUCUAUCUUGCGAACAUUAAUAUGAGAUUUUAAAGGUAGUCUAUCAUCUAUAUUCUUCACCAUAAAUUAUUGACAUCAAUAAAGGGUACAAGAAGCCAUAUAGUACUUGUCCUGACCCUAUAUUAACAAUUGAAGAAGCUAAGUCUCCAAUAAACUAUACAAAUCCAUUUACUUUUGACUGGAAAAAUCAUUAAUUUAUUGUUAACACCUCAAACGUCAUAAAUGCUAGUGUGAAAAAGGUAUUUACCUGCAAUCAAUUUAAAAAUAGUGAGCAUGUAUUACCCUACCCACUGCCAUAAUUCAUCUCAGUUUCUCAAAACAAUUAUAUCUUAUACACAAUAAACUUAGCAAAGAAUUCUUAAAUAUUCAACGAUGAUAGUAAUGAAGAAACUCACAAUAUUUAAUUUAUGACAAGAGUACAAGUAGAGGAUGAUGAAGUAAAGGAUCCUGAAAAAAUGUAAUAAACUAUAUAUGAAAUUUUAUGGAUAUUAGUAAUUCAUAAAGAAUAUAAAAAUAAUUAUACAAAUCAAGAUUCAGUCAAGCUAAAUUCAUCAUUUAAUUCUAAUCUUGGAUCUUAAAAUGCUAUUAUUAUUCCAAGAUUUUAGAAUGAGCCAAAGGAUAUUGAUGUUUUUGUCAACAAAAUAACUUCUAUAUAAUUACCAGAUGUAAUUAGUAAUAGCUCAAACGAUUAUAACAUUUUCAUACCUAACAGACCUUAAUUUAGAAACAACGAAGAUUAAAUUGAUAAUUGUUAAAUAGAAUUAAUGUAUCUAGGUAAUGGAUUAUUAUCAUUCUUGGUUCCAUAAUUUUAAAUCAACAAAUUUGCUGGAAAGGAUAUGAUAGAUUGGAACCCUCACAUUCUUGAUGCUUGA